AAAGCAACAAAAAGAUCGCCUGAUUUUCCGCGAGUCGGUCGUCGUCGUUUCAUUUCGUCCGUGAUUGCGCGAUCGUCGGAACGCACUUUUUCCUUCGAGCGAAUUGUGUGUCCUGUGUUCGAGGCAGAGGUGGACAAAAAGGAAAAUUUCAACCCGUGUCAAUUACGGCGUUUUUCGCGAGGUAAUUUUGUAGUGCGGAGCGAGCGCCAGCGAGUCCAGUUUGGUCCGAGCGAAAAGUGAGUGAAAUUUUGGUGCCAAAACGCGAAAGUGUUCGCACGCGUGCGACUAUUGUAAGGCGAGCCGAGGGGACCCCUGCUUGGGGAAGAAAAAAAAAUCUCCGUUUCGAUUCAAUGAAUCAGAGGUGAAAUCCUUUCUAUCCCAUUUUUGUGUGGAAGGAAGUUUUGUGCAGUAGUUGAAAAGAGCAAUCAAAUAAAAGAAAGUUCUUGUAAAAGGAAGAUUGGGUAGCGCCCCUGGCGUAAAAAGGAGAGCGCUCAUUGUAUAAAGUGUGUUGUGCAAGGGCACGUUAGUAGGAAGUUCAAUUCUGGGGUUUGCUGCUCGAAGGCAGACGCAGGAAAAGGCAGAAAGUGCGUGUAAGGAAGUGGCAAUGUAUUUCUACAAACAAAAGCUGCUGCAGCCGACGCAGCUGAAAAAGCUCGGCGAUCACAAGUAUUCCUGUUCCAACGUCAGCCUGCUGGAUCCGUUCCUGCAGCCGUGGUGGUGCUGGCUGGUCAGUAAGGUUCCCCUCUGGCUGGCACCGAACCUGAUCACCAUCGUGGGCCUGAUUAUCAACAUUGUGACGACGCUUAUCCUUAUCUACUUCAGUCCAAACGGUCGCGAGGAACCUCCCCGGUGGGCCAGUGCACUGUGUGCCCUGGGCCUGUUCAUCUACCAAAGCCUGGACGCGAUCGAUGGCAAACAGGCACGCCGUACCAAUUCCUCGACCCCGCUAGGGGAACUGUUCGACCACGGGUGCGACUCCAUUUCGACGGUGUUCGUAGCCCUGUCGGCGUGCAUAUCCGUCCAACUGGGGUACUACCCGCGGUGGAUGUUCUUCCAGUGUUUCUGCGCCAUGACACUAUUCUACUGUGCCCACUGGCAGACGUACGUAUCCGGUACGCUACGGUUCGGCAAGAUCGACGUCACCGAAGCGCAGUGCACUAUCAUGGGGAUCCAUCUUAUAUCGGCCAUUUUCGGGCCAUCGAUCUGGAUGACGAAAAUUCCAGUCAUUGGUGGCACGUGGAACUUGUACACGGUCUGUACGAUCUUCUCGCUCGGCUAUCUGCAGGUGUUCAUCACCUUCUGCCGAACCUUCCACGAAGGGGGCGUUGGUAAAAAUGGCUCAACGGUUGCUGGAACCAGCGUCCUGUCGCCCAUCAUACCGUUCCUGUUCGUAGUGGUCCCGGCGUACGUCAUCUCGCAAAAAUCCACCGAUCACAUCUACGAAAACUACCCGGCGCUGUACAUCAUGGCAUUCGGGAUGAUCACCGCCAAGGUGACCAACCGGUUAGUGGUUGCCCACAUGACCAAGAGUGAGAUGGAAUAUCUCGAUUGGGGUCUGAUAGGACCUCUGUGCCUGUUCCUGAACCAGUACUUCAACAGUUUUCUGCCGGAAUACUACGUGCUCUGGUUCGCGAUGCUGUGGUGCUCCGUGGACCUGAUUCGGUACUGUGGUCAGGUGUGUCUGGAGAUCUGCGCCUACCUGCGGAUCGAGCUGUUCCGCAUCCCGUACCCGCCGAAGCCGCUCAUGACGUCACAAGGUACGAAUCCCCCGCACCACCAUCACCAUCACGAAGGUAGAAACGCCUCCUCGUCGUCGGAAACGGACGAACAGCCGCCCUUCAACAACAAUAUCAGCGGCGGUAGUAGUCGAGCCAGCAAAUCGCCUCAGGCCAGCCCCCUUCGGAACCUGGCCGUUCCGCCGAUGUUCCAGCGGGCGCCCUCGUCGGAGGACGGUGGCACUCCACGCGUAACGCCCCAAGCGUCUCCGAGAAGGCCACACCAGCACUAGGUAACGGUAGGUGUGUUUUGUACGAGAGAAGGGUUCUUAUUGCCAUUAUUGUCACCAGAACCACCAUCACCGGAAAUAUCCAGUUUUGUAGUAGCACUUUUUCCGCUAGUUAAACAGUGAUCCUUUGUUGAAGAAUUUGAAAUCCAUUGAUUUUUGUUCAAUAGAAGUGGGUACAGUAAACGUUCGCUGGAUGCAAACGUUUCAACUGCAAUGCUUUUUAACUGCAAGUCCGCUAACUGCAACAGUUUUGCAGUUAUCGCACCGAUAUCUGUCAACCGCGAUGCGAUGGUUUUCGCGUGCAGUUUUGUUGCAGUGCGAUGUUUUCUGAAUGCACAUUGGUGUCAUUCUGCAGCAACUGACAGUUCUUUGACGUCUGUCAGUUGUUGCAGGUAUCGGAUUUCUUUCGGUAAGUGAAACGUAAACAUGUUGCAAUUAUCGAACGUCUACUGUACCUAUUGAGUCUAUUAAUGAUUUCUCGUUUGUCAGCCUGAAUAGAAAAAAAAAUCAACAAAACAGUUCAUUUGAUGGUCAUCCCGAGGGUCAUCCGACUCAGUGUUCGAUCUUAGAAAGUGAUAAUCAGUUGAUUCUGACCGUCGUCUGUCGCGUGCUUCGGUCUUGAAAAUUACAAACCAGUUCCUUCUGACGGUCGUCCGACUCGUCUUUGAAUCUUGGCAACGAAAAUCAUUUCAUUCUGACGGUCGUCUGAGCCGUUCUUCGUAUUCACAACUCCAGAUACAAGUCACUGUGAAGGUCAUCUGACUCGCCUUUCGUUCUUGGAUAAUGAAAAACAAUGUAUUCUGACCUGACUGUGAAGAAUUAACUUUAGUUAAAAUUCACGACAAAAAAAAAGUAAUUAAAAAGAGGUUUAUUCUUACGGUCGUCCGACGCGUCUUUCGCGUUCCAUAAAUCAGCUCAUUUUGACGCUCGUACGACCUGGUUUAUUAUUCGUAUUCGCAAAAAGGGUCCUAAAAUUAAAGACGAAUUCUCUCAUUUAUUGAAAAAUACGAUCAAGCAUGGUAUUCUAAUCGGAAUUGUACUUUACUCGAACUCGAAAAAAGGAAGGAAUGAUGAGAAUUUCGAAAUAAAUAAAAUGAGAAAUAGUGCUAGUUUGACAUUUGAGGUCGACCUUUACGUGGUGGAACUCGACAUUUUUCGCACUGGGGAUUCAAAAAUGUUCCUAUCUGACAUACACGGUGAAAAAAAAACCCUCAAAUUGUGUGUUCUAAGCUAGGGGCAGGACAAAAGAUUUAGGGUCUGUUUCAAUUGGCGAAUUAAAAUUAAUUUUUGCUUAAAUUUGACAGUUCGAUACUUAAACUUGACAGUUCUCCUAAGAAAAUAAUUAUCGAACUGUCAAGUUUAAGUGAAAAUUAAUCUUAAUUCUCCAAUUGGAACAGACCCUUAAUAUAUAUUAUAGAUAGUAGAGUAAACAUAGAUCCGUGUUGAUGAAUCCGUUGUAUCCAAACGAACUGUCAAAAUCUGUAUCCAAACGAGCAUGACGUCACGAUUUGAACAACAUCAAUGGAGCACAUGACGUCAUAUUCAACCGUCACACUCUUGAAAAUUACUACUUACACGCUUGAAACAUUUUAGUCAGCGGUGUCCGCGGAUCUAUGUUUACUCUACUAUCUAUAAUAUAUAUUAUCAAUCACGGCCAAUAAAAAACGUCAAAAAAUGAGUAAAUAUGAACUCUUGGACCAUAUUAGGCCAUAUGAACAAAGUUCAGUAAAUACUCUUUACUAAAUCUAUGUGAAGCCGUGGAGCGAUUCUCUAUGAAUCUUCAGAGAGAUCUGAGUAAAGAGUAUUUACUCAGUUUUAUUUACAAGGCCUAUUUAAUUUCGUUAGCGGUGCCGACACCUCGCAAACGUCAAAUUUCGUGUGAGAGUAAGCUGGCCAGAAUAAAUUCGUGCAGUAAUCCAUUCAUUACGAUAUAAUUACGGGCUACUAUGAUCUAAAUAUUCUUCCGAGAUUUCUUCGCUAUCAGUUCUGACGGAUGCUCGACUCGUCUUUUGAGAUUGAAAACAAAAACAAAAUGCAUUUUGAUGGUUGUCUGCCUCGUUCGUCAAUUCAAGCAAGCUCAUCUAGAUGACUCGUUAUUCGCAUUCACAAAUCGCGGAUUAAGUUAUUCGGAUGUUAGUCCGACUCGUGCUUCGAUUUCCCGAAUCAAGAACCAAAAGUUCUGACGCUCAUCCGACUCCUCCUUUGAUAGCAAAUAAAAUCACAAAUGAGUUCCUUCUGAUGGUCGUCCAACCCGUCCUCCAUAGACGUAAAUCAAGAACUAAUCUAAUAACGAUAAUGUGAGUGUCGUACAACUCGUUCUUAGUUCUAACAAAAUGAAAGUCAGUUCAUCCUGACGGUCGUCCCAUUCUAGGAGCAAGACACUGUGCAAAUGAGAGUAACUCCAUAGACUAACUCUGAGAAAUUCUGAGUAACUCUUUUCACAAAUGAUCGACGAAAUUUGGCGAAAAACGCCCCUAAAACUGCUAGAAAAGCGGGAUACCGGGCAAUAUUGUUUUGAUUUUGCGAUAAAUCAUUGAUUGAUUGAUUUGUCUUUAUUAGAGAGACUUUCAGCCCUUGGCUGGUUCGUCUCUUGCGAUAAAUCAGGCAACACCCAUGUAAAAAACGGGAGCAAUCCGGAGACAUUCUGAGCAACAUCUGUGACGGAAAAUGUACUCUCCAACACAGUGUCUUGCCCCAAGCGGUCGUCCCAUUCGAAUUUAAAUCGAGAACUAAUCAAUCCAGAUAAUAGUCCGAUCCGUCUUCCAAAUUUGAACUUCAUUCUAUAAAUCGAGGGGGGUGACACAUCCAGAAAAUGAAUUUUUGCUUCCGCGAGAUGCGCAUCGGAUUCCCAGAUGGCAAAAAAAAAUAAGAUUUUCAAGCUAUCUUGUCAACCUGAUUGAUUUCGAAGAUGGAUCGAGGUGUGUCGUGCACGGAAAAACCUGAAAUUCAGCACGCGUCCCUUUAAGUUCCUCAGUUCGAAACUGAGGUUAGUUUGCCAGUCAUUGCGUGGCGAAGUAUUGCUCUAGACAAGCCAAAUAUUUUGUCAAAUUGUGAAAAUUUUGCUGCUCAACCACGUUGAUUGGGAGUAGGCUCCUCACGUCCUAUCUAGAUUCUUGUUUUAAAUCACAAAAUAUUAUUCAAGAGUACAUGUUUACCCAUUUUUUGACGUUUUUAUGUAUUGGCCGUGAUUAAAAAUAUAUAAUUUUAAAUUUUUUAAUCUUUUGUCCCGCCCCUAGCUUAUAACACAUACUUUUAGUGAUUUUUUUCACCGUGUAUGUCAGAUGGGAACAUUUUCGAAUCCCCAGUACGAAAAAUGUCGAGUUCCAUCACGUCAAGGUCGACCUCAAAUGUCAAACUAGAACUUAUUUUACUUCCCGAUUAGAAUACCAUGGUUGCUUGUAUUAUUCAAUAUAAGCAGGAUUUCGUCUUUAAUUUUAGAACCCUGUUUUUUUUUUGUUACAAGCAUCACAACAUUCAAUUACUUACAAUUAUAUGUUCCUACAUAUUUUUUUUUUCAAUGGAUUUCAAAUGAUUUCAUCAUGGAUCACUUUGGAAAUAUAAUUGAACAUUUUAAGAGAGAGAAAGGUUGAGCUACUCGAAUUGAAUCAAUGCCGCUGAUCUUGCCUUAACGAGAAUAAUGAAAUAAUGUUUUAAAAAAAUCUGUACAUCCAUCAGAAGCUAACACACAAUGAAAAAGACAUUACAUUUUAGAAUAAUCAAGACGAUACCUAAAAGUAGUUUUUUUACUUGAUUUGAUUUGAUUGAAUUCAAUACCGGCGAUGUAGAAUAUGCAAAUAGGUGUGCCCUAAACGGUGAAGAUGAGCGAUGUAAAAACGUUCUAAAAUGUUGAUUUAUUAAAAUUUAACCAGCCGUACGAACGUCAAUGGUGGGUGGACUCAGCUGUAGUGUUGUGUUGUGCGAAUGCGUGGUUAACCUGACGAGUAUGAACCGUUGUUUUAUAGGUAUUUGUAGUCGUAUUUAUUUAUUAGGGAGGCUGAAAUAACAAUGCAAUAUAGAAGAGUGAAAAUGGUAAAA